AUAGAGGCCUCGUCCGGCGCCGACGAGGCAAAAGCCGCCCCCCGACCCUCCUCCUCGUCCUCCUCCUCCUCCUCCUGCUCCCCCCGCUCCCCGAGGGCGGGCGGCUCGCCCUGCCGCCGCCCGCGCGAGGCCCGCCACGUCAGCCUCUCCUCCUGCGCGCUCGGCCAGCAGCAGCUCGACUGCCGCGCCAGCAGCCGGUCCACCUCGUCGCCCCAGCUGAUGAGCCUCCGCUCCAGGUCCAAGGUCUACCGCAGGGCCUCGCUCAAGUCCCUGACCGGUACGAGCACGCCGCCGCUGGGCCAGUCGCGGGUCGUGCGGGUCCAGAGCCGCGGCAAGGCCGAGCAGCAGCAGCAGCAGCAGCAGCAGCAGCAGCAGCAGCAGCAGCAGCAGCACCAGCAGCACCAGCAGCGCGACAAGGAGAACAGGCUGUCGACCACCGCGCAGCCGUACCCCGCGCCCCUCCCUCGCCAGCCGCACUUUCAGCAGAGCGACCAGCAGCAGGCCAAGAGCAAAAACAGCUGCGCCAGCUUGCUGCCCAUCCUCUCGCUGAUACCGCACACCGUGGUAAGCUUCCAGUACCCCAGCCCCAAGAUCAAGUUUUCCUGGUGGAGGAACAAGAUCUCGUGAAGACACGCGUAGGCCAGUCCGGUCCGGCCCCUCUCUGUGCCCCGCCGAGUGGGCCGCCCCUCUAGUCCGCGUCGUCGCGCAGUGGCCUCCGACUCUGUCCGACCUCUAUCCGACCCGGCCUGGUCGACCUCUCGUCCUGGCCCGGCUGUGGCCGAGAGCUCCGCCUGCGCUCGCCUCCUCGCGGCCCUUAGCUGUGCCGUCGCUCUUGCAUUGUACUUUGCAUGCCAAAGUAGUACGUGAACGUGUGUCUAGAGCCUUGUUUCUCCCUAGUAACUUCGCUUUGCUUACUCCGCGCAGUUCGCGGACCGAUGCGCGGCGAACAUGCGCAAACUGCAGAGCACGCUGCGCUCUGCAAAUAACUGAACGGUCCAGCAGCUCCAGUCAACGGGUAGCCUCGGCGCUCGAGCCAAGGAGCAGGCCACCUUGUUUUGCUUUUAGCCGGCCAGCCUGUACGUACUCCUACGGUAAUUCCCCGUUCGGAUAUCAACGAUUAUCUACUCGCAAGCAUUCCAAAGCACCGACGAUACCUCUCGCUGCGACAAAUUCAAAGAGGUGCUCCGCCAAAUCAACUUCACUUUGACGUUCCGUUUUCUAUCGCACUUAGGCGCUCGCUUUCAUUGACUUACGAUCGUAUUCUUCACAUUCUUCUCCAAGCCCUCGAACAACAGACACGUGUAUCAUCGACAACGUUAUGCGCGUCCAGUCAGACCUUGGAAUCGCGAUAACUUGACACCCCUUCACUGAGGCUCGGAAAUUAUAUCAAACCUUAGUAUAAGUCUCUCUUGGUCGUGUAUACUUUCAGCUAUCGUUUCGAUUAUUCGAUUAUUAUAUUUGCAACUUUCACGACCUUGUUGGACUUUGCUCGCCUCACUUUAUCUUGCGGAUGCUAAUCAGGCAGGCAUUGUGAUCAUCGAGAAAGGACAUAGGGGACAUACGUGUACUCGCGUGUGCGCCUAUCUGUGUAUGUGUGUGUGUGUAUGUAUGUGCGUGCGCGCGCGCAUGUGUGCGGUAGUGAUAGAUCCAAGUUGUUAUAUUUAUAAUCAAUGUUGGCUCGCUUCUUCUGUACAUUACGAUGUGCCAGUCAACGAAUUAGCUUGAGAGGACAAUUAUUCAAGAUUAAUAUCUAUCGAUCUUCUCCAUCGAUCAAUCGGUAGACCUCUUCAAAUCGUGUACUCUAAAACCCGCGUGGAAAAUAACAAGGAGAAGAAGCGAACAUUAUAGGAGGGGGAGAAAGCGAAAAUCGUCAAACGAUCCAAAUAUUUUUAUUUUUAUUCUCCAUUUCCAUUUUCUCUUUUCAUUAAGUACUUUGAAAAUGUUUAUUUUUUUAUGUUUUAAACAAUAAAAAACUGUUUCAAGAUCAUUUUCUUCUUUUAUUUGAUCUAUCAAUAAAAAAAACAACACCACACCUUCCUUUCAAUCGGCACAUCCUACACUAUGAACGCACUCUCAUCUCGUAUCAUAGAAUUGUAUUUGUCAAGCCAGUCGAUGUCUGUUAACAAUCAAUGUAUUUCAUCGCGGAUGGUGCUAAUUAACUAAUGCUAAUGUAUCAGAGGCCAAUGUUGAAUAUAAGCGAAACUAGUUUACACAAACAGGGCUGAGCAGUUAAAUUGACCGUCCGUGACAGUAUAGUAUGAAAUUUCUCCAGUUUGUCGUGUCGCUAUGUAGCCGCUGACUGUACACCACACAUGCGCGCGCGCGCGCGCGCGCGCAUACAUCUAUAUAUAUAUACACACAUAUAUACA